ACAAGUUGGUUGUUGAUGGUAAAAAAUAAUAAAAACAAGUGAGCGUUGAAUAUUGGUCAAAUAUGAUAAGUAGUAGAAUUAGAAUUGGCAUCGAUGGUUUGUUGUUAUAACCAAAAGUAUAGGCCAUGAUAUUCAAUUCAAAAAUAAAAAAAGAGAGAGAAAAAGAAAAAACAAGGGGAGGAGACAUUUAAUUCCUCCUUGAAAAUUGAAAUUCCAGCUCAACAACCCGGUUAGAUCGGAUACAAUUUGUCCUUUUUUUUUUUUUUUUUUUUUUUUUUAUUUUUAAAUUUCCUCAUCUUUAAAAAAUCCCAAUUCAACUAACUUGUUUCCGGUUUUCCCAAAUUUUAUUGUAAAUAACCCCCCUCGAAAUCAUUCUUUUGGAUGAGAAUCGAAAGAGAGAGAAAGAGGGGGAGAAAAUCCCAGAAUUGAUGAAAGAUUAGAUAGAUUUUGUUUUGUUGAUUGAUAAUAUUGAUACGAAUGAAUGAUUAAUAUAUAUAUUGAUUGAAUCGAAUUGAAUAAAAAAAAAGGAAGAAAGAAGAAAAUGGGGAAUGCGACAUCAAAUAUAGCAGCGAAGUUCGCAUUCUUCCCACCUGAACCAUCAACAUAUGAUGUGAUUAAAAAAGAAGAAGAAGGAAGGUGGGUUUUAUCAGGAAUAACAUCUGAUAAAAAUGUAGAUGUUCAUGUAUUGGAUACAAAGAGUGGUAAUAAAAUUGUGGCCACUUUCUGGAAACAUCCUUUUGCAAGGUUCACCCUUUUGUAUUCUCAUGGCAAUGCUGCUGAUCUCGGUCAGUUGCAAGAUCUCUUUAUUGAGCUCAGGGCUCACCUUCGUAUCAAUAUCGUCAGUUAUGAUUACGCAGGAUAUGGAGCUUCAACUGGCAAGCCAACCGAAUAUAACACAUACUAUGACAUUGAAGCUGUUUACCAUUGCUUAAAGAGAGAGUAUAACAUUAACCAGGAAGACUUGAUUUUGUAUGGCCAAUCUGUUGGAAGUGGCCCAACAUUACAUUUAGCAUCACGCAUGACCAGGUUAAGGGGUAUUGUUCUUCAUAGUGCUAUACUUUCUGGUAUACGAGUCCUCUAUCCUCUCAAGGUUACAUUAUGGUUCGACAUUUUCAAAAACAUUGAUAAAAUCCGGCAUGUCACCUGUCCUGUCCUUGUCAUACAUGGAACAAAUGAUGAAAUUGUAGACUUGUCGCAUGGGAAGAGACUAUGGGAACUAUCAAAGGAUAAGUAUGAGCCACUAUGGGUAAAGGGUGGGGGUCAUUGUAAUCUAGAGACUUACCCAGAAUACAUCAAGCAUUUGCGUAAGUUCAUUAACUCGAUGGAGAAAUUGGCCAUCACUCAGCCACAUAAGCAGCUUACUGAGGCCCCAAGUAUAGCCGAAUCCAAGCACUAUCGAUGUCUAGGAUUCGGUAGGAGGUAGCUAUAUAGGGUGGAGGUGACCAUGUUAAACUGAAAUAGCAUCAGUUUUUGUAUGGGGUAUUUUUGUGCCCCUGGUGUGCAUGGCAUCAAAAAGAUCUAUAAUGGUACAACACUGUACUGUUGCGUGUAUGUGCUUUUAAGGCAAGUCCCGAUGUAGGUUUUCAUCAUGUGUCAUAUAGUUAGUGUCAAUGAGUGUAUAACGAUGUAGUUGGAUGUGUAGAUUUAUUGAUAGGAUGAGCAGAAGUUUGAUUAUCAUGUUUAUGUUGUAGUGCCGUUUGGUUGAGUUUUACAGAAUUCAUAUAAUUGGCCCUUAUUGUAUGUAUUCUUCCUUGUAACUUAGCGUUAAUUAA